CUCUGUCAUACUCUGUCAGACUAUUGCAGGCUGUACUAUCAUUGUCGAAUUUCUUUUCUAAUUUGACAAAAUGGAGGACACGACAAAUAAUAGUGGAAAUACAACAGUUGAAAAUAACACCGAGAACGUGAAGCCUACUCCAAAAAAGGCUACUAAAGCGAAAACGAAAGCGCAACGGCCGAAAUCCACACAUCCUCCAACCUCUGAAAUGGUUACUGCUGCCAUUAAAGAGUUAAAGGAUCGUAAGGGCUCGUCGUUACAAGCUAUUAAGAAGUAUAUCGUUGCUACGUAUAAAGUUGAUGGUGAAAAAGUUACACCGUUUAUAAAACGGUAUCUAAAAACUGCAGUAUCUUCUGGUUCUGUAGUACAAACUAAAGGAAAAGGUGCAUCAGGUUCAUUUAAACUUUCAACUGUCAAAAGUGGAACUACCAAGACCAAAGCUCAACGAUCUCCUAAAGAGAAGAAAGCUACAGAUAAAUCUGUCGAGAAAAAGAAUGCUGUAGCAAAUAAACCGGCUAGUAAUAACAAGAAAGCGAAAGCACCGAAGAAGACUGAGACUGCAAAGAAACCUGCAGAUCAAAAGAAACCUAAAGCAGCAUCAUCUCCUAAAACUGCUGCUAAAGCUGGUGUUAAAACUGCUGCUGCUGCUGCUACUGCCGCUGCUGCAACUACAGCUGAAAAGAAAACUACGAAGAAGGCGACACAAGCGAAAACAAUAUCAAAAACUAGGAAAACUGCAAAAGCACCAGCUGCCAAAACUAAAACUCCAAAACCAAAAAAAGCUACGACUAACAAGGCUACUGCUAAAAAAUAAUUUUGUCAGAUAUAAAUACAGAAAUGGCCCUUUUCAGGGCCACAAAUUAUUUUUAGAGAGGAACAAUAUCAAUUCGUCCACCUAUUCUUUUUCUACCUAAAAAUUUUAUCUAAAAUUCAAGAAAAAUUUCGAAUCUGUAAAGGGCUGUACUUACGGAAGAUUUCUUUGUCAUAUGUGGUAUGAUUUUGAUGAGCGAUAUGUGAAUAAAAGAUACAGAGAUUUCGAUUUCUGAAUGUAAUUCCGGGAGAAUGGGAUUUUACACAUCACGUAUAAUGAAUAGCACGAUAGUAUAGUAAUCUGAGUAUAGAUUUUUUCUUUAUCGAAAACAAGCAAUGUCUCAAAUAGAUUUAAUGUCAAAUUCAGAUAACCUAUUUUUGGUAUGACGGUUGUAUGCACGAUUGUUAAAAACAAUCUCGAUUAAUAAAUUGCUUACCAUAAUGAUCAUCGUUGAAACGUUAUAAAGUUCUCUUCAUUUACAUAUUUUCUUUGUUUGUCAGUAAACGACAAAAACGAGUGAUAAAAAUUUGUCAGUAAACAACAAAACCGAGUGACAAAAAUUUGUCAGUAAAGCAACAGUUAACGGUGUGAAACAGGCAUAAAUAACUUAUAUAUCAUAUUUUUGCGAAACUCAAUACUAUAAUUCAUUUCAAAAUUCUAUUAUUCUUUUUCGUAUAAUUCAAUCUAAGUUGCGUGGGCGAAAAGUAUCAAAAUACGCCUGGCGACGAAUGUCUUCAGAGAUGACUCGUUCUAGGUAGAAAUGACUCAUGGUAGCUAAAGGUGAAUACAGAAUACCUUGUUUUCCAAAUAUCUGUCAUGUGUAUUAUUUACGAUAAGCAGGAGCCAAAACCGAUUGAUAGUGUAUGUGUAUGUCGCGAUUAUUAGAUUAAUAACAAAGUAUCGGUCUAAAGGAAGCUAUCGAAUUUAUUUGGUCAUCGAUAUGCAUUACCGAUAAAUGGUCAUAUAAAAAUCUUUGGCUUAUCCAUACGAUAUCAUCGUAUGGUUCUUUGACAACAGAAGAUCUCUAACAUUAAAAACAAGAAUGGAAUGAAUUAUCAAAGGAAAUGGAGAAGAUAAUAUAUCAAUAUAUACUAAUGAUAAUAAUAUUAUGAACUCAUCGGAAUAAAUUACAUGAAAUACA